AAAUCACUCUCACUCUUUCAGGCUCAGUUCAAAACUAAAACCCUAAUUUUCUUCUUCCGUUGAGAGAACUUCUCCGUCGAAACGAUGCCCUACCCCGGCCAGCUUGACUAUAGGCAAGAUGAUGAUCCUCAUAACUCUGGGCCAGCCAAUGCCUUCCGUCGACACCUCAUCAUAACCAAAACAGAAGAAGAAGAGCCUUGCAGAUAUCGUAAUGCUGUUCAGAUUCUGUUUCUCCAUGACAACGGAAUGUUCUUCCACGUAGCUACAUAUUGCUAAUUAGUUAAAUGUUUCCAAGUAGAGCUGCUUAAUUGCUUAGUAGUUAAAUAUUUAUAACUUGCUGCAUAGUAGUAUUGCUUAGUACUUAAUGUUUAUAAGUUGCUUGCUUAAUUGCUCAGUAGUUCAUGUUUUAUAAUUUGCUACAUAUUUCUUAGUGGUUAAUGUUUUGUGUUACUAAUAUUGCUUAGUUGUGAAUGUUUCUAAGUUGCUAAUAUAUUUACUUGAUAAUUAGUGUUUAUAAGUUGCUGUACAUGUUAUUGCUAGGUAGUUCUUUAGUGAUUAGUGUAGUGGAAACCAACCAAAUUCUUAGUUUACUUGUGUUAGUCAAAUAAUUUACUCAGCCAGUUAAACGUGGUAGGUUUAAAUAUCUUAUUGUCUUUUUCAUCUUUCACAAAAUAGACACGAAAAAAUUACUCCAGCAACACAAACGUUUUUUUUUUGUCGACCAAAGUUUCAUUUAAAAGCAUAAUGGGCUACGGUACAAUGAUAUCAGCAAUCAUAAAGAGGCCCGGCCCAACUUAGUUCAGCCCAUUUCUAGAGAAAACAGGCACAAACAUUAACUUUCAUCCGCCGAGAAAUCAUCACACAGUUUUGGCCUCAGAUCUUAAACCCCAAUUUCUCCCGUUCAGAGAACUGUCUCAAUCUCCGUGGAAACAAUGUCUCCUCCGACAAGCAGCAAAUACUCUGAGGCUAAGAUAGGUGUGUUCUGGGACGUGAAGGAAUGUCCGAUCCCUACUGGUCUCGACCCUAGUUCGGUCUAUCAGAACAUCAAGUCAGCUCUUGCUAAAAAGGGCUACCAUGGUGAGGUGACAAUCACUCCUUACUGUGAUAGGAACCAGUUCCCAGACGGACCAGAUGAUUUCGAGUCUGCCGGAAUGAAGCUCGUACCCGCAGGAGAUGGAACAGAGAGAUACAGAACGAUGUCGCAUGAGAUUUGUUUCUGGUUGUGUUUGGACCGUGGAGAUGAAUACACAAACUUGAUGGUCAUCUCUGGGGACAACAUGGAUUUUCUCGACGCUCUCGAGUUGUUUAAACGGAAAAGUCCCGUCAACGUCCUCUUAGCUCAGCCUGAGAAGGCGUGGAGAUGGUGUCCCAAGUGCAGGAAGCCUUUGGAAGAUCUUGUGGCUGAAAGUGGUGAAUGGUUUUGGGAAAGUUUGGCAGCUGGAGGAGACUCUAUCACCGAAACCCAAAGAGAAGAGCUUCUCGGUAACAAGAAAGAGGAGGAUGACACAGAUUGUUGUUGAUUACGUAUGCUCUAAGUUAUGUAACUAAUCUCUUGUGGUUGUAGUUGAAUAUUUUAAUUAGCGUGUGUAGUAUGCGAAUAUCAACGAGUGCUAUUUAAUAAUCUUGUUUAAUCCUAAGAAGAUUUAUGAGCU